CAGGAUCUGGUCUGAGAGAGUCCAGACCGGCUGACAGCGAGACCUGCAGGAUCUGAUCAGACCAGGAGCUCAGACAUGGCCAGCUGUUCCGGAUGUGGACCAGGAUACCGCAGCCCGCUGGACGCCAUGAAGGGUCCUCGAGAGGAGAUCGUCUACCUGCCCUGCAUCUACCGCAACACCGACACCCUGAAACCCGACUACCUGGCCACUGUCGACAUCGACCCAAAAUCCCCCAACUACUGCCAGGUAAUCCACCGGCUGCCAAUGCCGAACCUUCGCGAUGAGCUGCAUCACUCCGGCUGGAACGCCUGCAGCAGCUGCUUCGGAGACGCCUCCAAGAAAAGGAACCGUCUGAUUCUGCCCUCACUCAUCUCCUCGAGAGUCUAUGUGGUCGACGUUGGGACGAAUCCCAGAGCGCCGCAGAUACACAAGAUAGUGGAACCAGUGGAUCUGUACUGGAAGUGUGACCUGGCGAACCCUCACACUUCUCACUGUCUGGGCAGUGGUCAGAUCAUGAUCAGCUGCUUAGGAGACCCAUCCGGCAAUGGCAAGGGUGGUUUCAUCCUACUCGACGGGGAGACGUUCGAGGUGGUCGGCAACUGGGAGCAGCCGGGCGAAACAGUGCCCUUUGGGUAUGACUUCUGGUACCAGCCUCGACACAAUGUGAUGAUCAGCACUGAAUGGGGUGCACCGAAAGCUCUGGCUGAUGGUUUUAAUCCUGCCCACAUCAAGGAAGGUCACUACGGCCGCUGCCUCCACGUUUGGGACUGGACCACCCACAGGAAACUACAGACGCUGGAUUUGGGUGAAGAAGGUGCUAUUCCCCUUGAGGUCCGAUUCCUCCAUGACCCCAAUGCCACCGAGGGCUUCGUGGGAUGUGCUCUUAAUUCAACGGUCUUCAGAUUCUACAAAACACCAAAAGGAGACUGGGCUGCAGAGAAGGUGAUCAGUGUUCCCAGUAAGAAGGUGGAGGGAUGGAUGCUGCCUGAGAUGCCUGGUCUGAUCACAGACAUCCUGAUCUCAUUGGACGACCGUUUCCUGUACUUCAGUAAUUGGCUGCACGGUGACGUCAGGCAGUAUGACAUCACAGACAGGAGGAACCCCCGAUUGGUCGGCCAGGUGUUUCUGGGAGGAAGUAUCGUCAAUGACGGACCAGUCAAAGUCCUGGAGGACCCUGAGAACCAGCCACAGCCCCCCCCACGCAUCAUCCAGGGGAGGCGUGUCUAUGGAGGUCCUCAGAUGUUACAGUUGAGUUUGGACGGUCGGAGACUUUACUUGACAACGUCUCUGUACAGCAGCUGGGACAAACAGUUCUACCCUGACAUGGUCAAAGAGGGCUCGGUGAUGAUGCAGAUCGAUGUGAACUCUGUUAGCGGAGGUCUCUCCCUGAAUGAAAAGUUCCUGGUGGAUUUUGGGAAAGAACCGGACGGUCCAGUUCUCGCCCACGAGCUGAGGUAUCCAGGCGGAGACUGCACGUCUGACAUCUGGGUGUAACAGCAUCGAGCUACAGAUGCUGCUGGGGGGCGCUACGGAGCCCGCUGGCCACACCUGAGCCCAGUCACUACAGGACUGUGUGCCAGUGUUCAUGAGUUGUUGAGGAUUCUCCAAAAUACAUUACACAAUGUUAAUCAUCAUCAUCAUCAUCAUUCAUAAUAAUAAUUAAAAGUGAGAAGAAAAUCCAUUUAGCACUGAAAUAAUUAUUAGUUGCAGCCUGAUAAAAAAAACACAGCUACAGCAGAAACAGCAGCUUACACAUGAAUAUAUCAGUGAUAAUGAUCCAGGGAUAUAACAGUGUAACUGUCACAGCCCUGACCCCUGACCCCUGACCCCUGAGCACACUUACACACUUUACUUCCAGAAGCUUUUCAUUGGCUUUUACUCACAGUGAAGUAUUUUUACACUGAGUACUUUCACUGUAGGACCUGAUUACUUCUUCCAGCCCAGCUGAUCAGACUGCAGUGAUCAAUACUGUUAAUGAAUAUGACUUUGAUGAAUCAUUAUCACGACAAUCAGCUGAAUCAGAAACCGUUGUAUUCAAUGGAAGUAUUCCAUUAUUUUCUCUGUGGUGAUUUUAAACUAAAAUGCUCAGAGUUUCUCUCUCAGGUUCAUCAGACUCAUAUUUUUCAUUUUGUGGCUUAAGUUUCCUCUCCUUAAAUCCAGCCUGUAACUCUGCUUCACGUCAGCUUUGUUUUCUGGAUCUGUGAAAUAAAACUCACCUGUUUAAAUUUACCUGUUGUCACCUGUCUUUCAGUUUUGUUUCC